AUGGCGGCUGCACCCUUCGCGCUGCUCCCGCUGCCGCCCCUUCCAGCCCUCUGUGCCUAUCGCCUCCGGAGCCGCAGUCGUCCUCCCGCCCCAGAGACUGAUCAUAGACGAGGUGGGGGCGCCAUGAGAGGUGAGAAAAACUACUGCUGCUGUGGAGCUGCCGGAGACCACGGUUCCUGCCUCCCGACACCUUCGCCUCUGGCCUCUACCCUCUUGAUGCCCGCGGAGGCAAUCUCAAGUAAUUGGUCUGGGUCUGGAGGUGGUUUGUCAGGGGGAGAUGAAGAGGAGACUCGGCUCCUUCAACAACUCCGGACCGCGCCGGAUCCUUCCGAGGCCUUCCAGGCUUUACAGGCUGCUUUGCCGCGCCGGGGCGGUAGACUUGGCUUCCCCCGACGAAAGGAAGCAUUGUAUCGGGCCGUGGGUCGAGUGCUUGUGGAAGGAGGUAGUGAUGAGAAGCGACUCUGCUUGCAACUCCUCUCGGACGUUCUCCGGGGUCAGGGGGAGGCAGGCCAGUUGGAAGAGGCCUUUAGCCUAACACUUCUGCCUCAACUAGUUGUCUCCUUACGAGAAGAGAAUCCAGCCCUGCGGAAAGAUGCGCUGCAGAUCCUACACGUGUGUCUGAAACGUAGUUCUGGAGAGGUGCUGAGAAUGCUUAUACAACAAGGACUGGAAAGUACCGAUGCCCGGCUUAGAGCUUCCACGGCACUACUGUUCCCUAUCUUGCUUACUCCUGAGGAUUUGUUGCUCGGCCUAGAUCUUACCGAGGUGAUAAUAUCCUUAGCCCGAAAGCUUGGCGGUCAGGAGAUAGAAGAAGAAUCUGAGACAGCCUUCUCUGCACUUCAACAAAUUGGGGAGCGUCUUGGCCAAGAGAGGUUUCAGUCAUAUAUCUCUCGUCUGCCUUCUGCCCUGAGGAGACACUACAAUCGCCGCCUGGAGUCCCAGUUUGGAAGUCAGGUUCCUUAUUAUUUGGAACUUGAAGCCUCUGGAUUUCCUGAAGAUCCCCUUCCCAGUGCAGUGCCUCUUUCCAACAGCAAUCUUAAAUUUGUGAUUAUUCCUCAGGAGCUGCAUUCAAGGUUGUCAGAUCAGGAAGACUAUAAGAACCGGACUCAGGCUAUUGAGGAGCUAAAACAGGUGAUGGGACGCUUUAACCCUAGUUCCACCUCUCAUUCUAGCCUCGUCAGUUUCAUUAGUUUGAUGUAUAAUUUGUUAGACGAUUCUAACUUCAAAGUGGUCCAUGGCACACUUCAAGUUCUUCAUUUACUGGUUGUUCGUCUUGGAGAGCAGGUACAACAGUUCUUGGGACCAGUUAUAGCAGCUUCUGUCAAAGUGCUGGCAGACAACAAGUUGGUGAUCAAACAAGAAUACAUGAAAAUCUUCCUCAAGCUAAUGAAGGAAGUAGGUCCUCAACAGGUGCUUUGCUUACUCCUGGAACAUCUCAAACAUAAGCAUUCCAGAGUGAGAGAGGAAGUGGUGAACAUUUGCAUCUGCUCCCUCCUGACCUAUCCCAGUGAGGAUUUUGACUUAUCCAAACUGUCUUUUGAUCUUGCCCCAGCUCUUGUAGAUAGCAAACGCAGGGUACGCCAAGCAGCUCUUGAAGCCUUUGCUGUGUUGGCAUCAUCAAUGGGCUCAGGUAAAACCAGCAUCCUUUUCAGAGCUGUGGAUACUGUUGAGCUGCAGGAUAACAGAGAUGGAGUGAUGAAUGCUGUGCAGGCCAGAUUGGCUAGGAAAACCCUCCCAAAGUUAACAGAAGAGGGAUUUGUGGAGUAUGCAGUACUCAUGCCAUCAUCUGCCCAGGGUAGAUCAGGCCAUUUGGCACAUGGAGCAGAUACAGACUGGCUUUUGGCGGGUAACAGAACUCAGAGUGCGCACUGUCACUGUGGUGACCACACAAGGGAUAGCAUGCAAAUUUAUGGAUCUUAUGGUCCAACUAUCUGUACUCGAAGGGUACUAAGUGCAGGAAAAGGAAAAAAUAAAUUACCAUGGGAAAAUGAGCAGCCUGGAGUCACGGGAGAAAAUCAGACCUCCAAUUCAAAGGAUAUAGAAGCACGGCCCCCACCCAGGAUCCUAAGCGGAGGCCCAGCUCCACGCUUGAAUGCCGCCCCGCCUAGGCCUCGCCUCCAGGGCCCUUUCAAGCUACGUGGGUCCAGAGCCUAG